AAGCUGGGAAGGAGCGAGGUAGCGGGGGCGCGAGGCGUUUACCUGGGAGGCAGCGGCUGGGGCGCGCACAGCGGCUGCGGCUCCCCCGCACCUGCGGCCAUGGAUGAAGAGCGCGCCCUCUACAUCGUCCGGGCCGGCGAGGCGGGGGCUAUCGAGCGGGUCCUGAGGGAUUACAGCGACAAGCAUAGGGCUACUUUCAAAUUUGAAUCAGCAGAUGAAGAUAAAAGAAAGAAACUCUGUGAAGGCAUAUUUAAGGUCCUUGUCAAGGAGGUCCCAACGACAUGCCAAGUGUCCUGCCUGGAAGUACUCCGCAUUCUCUCCAGAGACAAAAAGAUCUUAGUUCCUGUAACAACUAAGGAAAAUAUGCAAAUACUGCUGAGACUAGCCAAGCUCCACGAGUCGGAUGAUUCUUUGGAGAAGGUGUCAGAGUUCCCGGUUAUUGUGGAAUCAUUGAAGUGUCUGUGUAACAUCGUGUUCAACAGUCAGAUGGCACAGCAGCUUAGCCUGGAACUGAAUCUCGCUGCAAAGCUCUGUAACCUCCUAAGAAAGUGCAAGGACCGAAAAUUUAUCAAUGACAUAAAGUGCUUUGACUUGCGCUUGCUCUUCGUCUUGUCACUUUUGCACACUGACAUCAGGUCACAAUUGCGCUAUGAGCUCCAGGGACUCCCGCUGCUAACCCAGAUCUUGGAAAGUGCCUUUAGCAUCAAGUGGACCGAUGAGUAUGAGUCGGCCAUAGACCAUAAUGGACCUCCUCUCUCACCUCAGGAGACAGACUGUGCCAUUGAGGCCCUCAAAGCUCUGUUCAAUGUGACGGUAGACAGUUGGAAGGUGCAUAAAGAGAGCGAUUCUCAUCAGUUCCGUGUCAUGGCAGCUGUCCUUCGCCAUUGUUUACUAAUUGUAGGUCCAACUGAAGACAAAACUGAAGAGCUGCACAGUAAUGCCGUCAACCUUUUAAGCAAUGUCCCAGUCUCUUGUUUGGAUGUUCUCAUUUGUCCAUUAACCCAUGAAGAAACUGCUCAAGAGGCAGCAACUCUAGAUGAACUGCCCAGUGAUAAGACAACGGAGAAAGACACAGCUUUGAAAAACAGUACCAUGGUAUACAAUGGCAUGAAUAUGGAGGCCAUUCACGUUUUACUCAAUUUUAUGGAGAAGAGAAUUGAUAAGGGAAGCAGCUAUAGAGAGGGUCUAACUCCAGUUCUCAGCUUAUUAACAGAAUGUUCCCGAGCCCAUCGGAACAUCCGAAAAUUUCUCAAAGAUCAGGUUUUACCACCUUUGAGGGAUGUGACAAAUCGACCAGAAGUUGGCUCAACUGUGAGAAAUAAGCUGGUGCGUCUCAUGACACAUGUCGACCUCGGAGUCAAGCAGAUUGCUGCUGAGUUCCUUUUUGUCCUUUGCAAAGAGAGAGUGGACAGCCUGCUGAAGUACACUGGCUACGGGAACGCUGCAGGACUCUUGGCGGCCAGGGGCCUCUUGGCUGGAGGAAGAGGAGAUAAUUGGUACUCAGAGGACGAGGACACAGACACUGAAGAAUACAAAAACGCAAAACCAAACAUUAAUCUUAUCACUGGUCAUUUAGAGGAACCAAUGCCAAACCCUAUAGAUGAAAUGACAGAAGAACAAAAAGAAUAUGAAGCCAUGAAACUUGUCAACAUGCUUGAUAAACUUUCCAGAGAGGAGUUGCUUAAACCAAUGGGACUAAAACCUGACGGGACAAUAACGCCUUUGGAGGAAGCACUCAGCCAGUAUUCUGUCAUCGAAGAGACCAGCUCAGACACAGACUGAAAGCAUCGUCACCUGCUCCACUCUCAAUAUGGCUUUUAUCAGCAUCUUUUCUCUGUAGCUCCAGGGGAAUCUUUUUCUCUAAAACGUUUAUGCCCUCGCUUUGGCUAGAAACACAUUAACUGGUUUACUCAUUGGGAAUCCAGCAUAUUUAAGAGGUAAUCCUGUGUUUUCUGCAACAUUGAGGCAUUCAUACAGAGCUGCAGUUAGGCAGAGUUGCGGGGCUAGAAGCAGAAGCAGCCAUCCCAUUGCGCCAGGACAGAGUAUGGGACUUCACUCGGCAAGCAGCCCUGGUCAAAUCUGGCAGUCUUGUUGCCAGUAUUCCUAGCCGAAGAUUCAGCGUGUCCUUCCACCCACCCGUGUAAACUGCCCCUUCUGAGUCUCUCCAGCGACCUGGGGCCCAUGAGAGCCCGAGGAGCUGAUAAAUAAGGGCUGAGGCAAGUGACUCCUUAGAUCAGCACUGACUGAACAGAAGCCAGGCAGCUGCUCCGUAAGCCCAGCCCUACCCUUCAUUUCAGUUUUAUACAAAUGUGGAAACACACACACACACACACACACACACACACACACA